UGUGGUCCGUUUACCCAAUAUCCAAAGGACACUAGUGUAGUUGGGCUGAAACAUUGCAAGAAAGAUAUUCAGGCGCAUUUGACCCGUCUAAAAGUUUGGUCAUCCAGCAGGCGUGGGCAUGUUGAACAUGUUGAAGCUGGCACCAUGGGCAUUGCAUGCAGUGACGUGGUUGAGUACGAAUGGCAGCUCAUUGCGCUUCGAGCAGGAGUGUUCGACUUUGAAUCCCCAGAUCUCGACACUACGAUAUGCCCAGUUCACCGCUACAAGUUGGGCCUUUGCUGGAUUCCGUCAAGAAUGUGUAAACAUCCUCUGCACAAAGCCACUUCCACCAGACGCCCACAAAAAGAUCGUGGCAUUUCAGCAAGCGCAUCCAGGAUGGUGUUCGAGAAGUGGAGAGUUCUUUUGCCUGUUGGUUCUGCUAUUUGUAAAGACUGCGACAAAGAACAGCACAGGCCUCAUCCCUCUUCGAAUAUCUCAACGGAACAGAAGCCUGGCACUUCCUCCGCCUAUGAUGAGCCUCUACCAUGUUCUGGUACAGAGGAAAGUUUUGUGGGUACAGUGAUUGUCGAUAUCGACCUUGAGCAUCAGAGUCGAUCACCAGUAACAUCUGACAGACAACAAGUCAAGUUGGUUUCUGAUGAGAUGGGAGGCAAAGGUGAUGAUAAUUCAUCAAUUUCUUCUGCUGGGUCUACAUGUAUCAUCCAGGGACGUCACCUUUUGUCAUCAAGUAAUGGAGAAUCACCCAGCUCCGAUAAUCUGGAUAAUGGUGAUAAACCACAUGAAUUCGACAUGUCCUGGGCCCCAACUCCAGCGCCAAAGAAUAUGCAUCUUGGCUUCCUCAAUCAGUUUCUGAAGCAAGGGGGAUGUAAUUCAGUUUCAGGACAGCUUCUUCUGCCGCUUGAUGAUGCUUCCUCAAGUACUCUUCGUUAUUACAAAAGGAAGGCAAGGGAAGCGGUUGCUUUAACGUUGCACUGCAUAGCCCCUGGACAAGAAAACGAUCUUAUGUCACUGAUCCAGCCUGCAGUGCCUUCUCCAAUGGCCAAUGAACUGGACAAGGUUGUGGUGAAAUGCUAUAAUGAUGCCUCGUCAUGGUAUAUUAGACGACAGAUAUUGUCCAUUCUUGCUCCACAUAGAACCAAAGAGCAACUAAUGGACAUGAUUCCUGGUCUCACGAAGUACAGGGUAGAUGAAGCCCGUAAACAUGCAAGGGAGGUUGGCCAGGCUCAGCCAGUCGAGGUUGAAGGUGUUACUCGUUCACGCCUUAGUGAAGUGAAGGUCGACCAUUUUCUAGAUUUCAUCUCCCGCCCAGACUUCCUACAAGAUGUUGCAUACGGGACUAAAGUUGUGAAAUUGAGCCACGGUGAAAAGCUUGAAAUCCCCAAGGUUGUACGAACAGUGAUAACAUCAAGAAUAAUUCAGCUUUACCAAGCCUACUGUGAAGAGGUUGCCUUUGAGCCAUUGAGCAGGAGCACACUCUACUCAAUCAUUCAGGUUUGCGCAGCUUCCCAACAGAAAUCUCUUUCUGGUCUUGACAACAUUGCAGCUGAGGGGUCGGAGGCAUUUGAUUCAUUGUUCACCAUUGCAGAAAGUCUUGGUGAUCUUCAGUAUCCAGCUGCUUCUCUUGAGGACCUGAAGAAAAAGAUCCGUUCUUCCAAACAGUAUCUCAAGACAGAUUACAAGUUGCACAUCAGUGAGGCAAACCCGUGUGCAGACCACUGCAUUACCUUUGCUCUGUCAGAUGGACAAACCAAGUGCUCCCAUGACCAUGACUUGGUGUGUGAACGUUGUGAGGAAUUGAAAGAAAUGCUUGAUAUGAUGGAAGUUGCAUUUGAUAACCCAGAAGUGGUUUACAGGUACGAAAAGCAGUUAGAAGAACUGAAGUACGACUUCGAAGCCGGCCGAGAAAAAGUUCUGCAUCUGAAAUCCCAUAUAAUGAGAGCGAAGAACCAAGAGAGAUGCAAAGUUCAGAUUCUUCAAGAGCUGCAACCACAUCAGGCACUAAUAACAAUGGAUUGGGCCAUGAAGUUUCUGCCAACGAAAUAUAGGGAAGCGCAGCAGGAUUGGUUUGGAAAAAAGGGUGUUUCCUGGCAUGUGUCUGCUGUCAUAACUCGUGUUGAGGGGAACGAAUUUCAGAUCCACUGUUACGUCCAUGUCCUGGACCAAUGCAAACAAGACUGGUUCGCAGUAUUCUGUCUUGUGGAAGCCACACUAUUGAAGGUGAAGUUGGAGACACCUACAGUGAAGGACGUAUUCUUACGCUCAGAUAAUGCAGGUUGUUAUCAUAAUGCAUCCUUACUAAUAUCGAUGAAAAACCUGCAACAGAUCACAGGCCUCACUAUCAGGCAAUAUGACUUUUCUGAAGCACAGGCAGGAAAGGACAUCUGCGACAGGAAGAUCGCGCCCAUGAAGUCCCACAUACAACGCUUUGUGUGUGAGGGACAUGAUGUUACUAAUGCAUCUGAGAUGAAGGAUGCGCUGGAGUCAUAUGGUGGUGUCAGAUGCUGCUAUGUUUCUGUUGUGACACUUGCAGCUGGUGCACCUAAGGCUCUGACAUGGCCAGGAAUCACGUCAUUUACCAACUUUCGUUAUGAGGACGGUGGAAUCCGUGUUUGGAAGGCAUACAGUAUUGGUACUGGCGAGUUCUUUCCAUACCCCAAACUGGAGAGCAAGCAAGCUGCUGCAUUAGCUCCAACUGGAGUGACACUCAGUGUGUAUACGCGGCCUAGUGUAGGUGUUGGAGCAAUGAAGGCACAAGGUGAAAUCAACAAGGUGGAAAUCCCGUGCCCUGAAAAUGGAUGUGACCAAUUUUUCAAAUCACAAGAGGACCUGACAGAACAUUUGGCCUAUGGCUCCCACACAAGUGUGACACUCAAGGAAACCGUGAUGGACAAGUUAAAGCGGAAAUGGGCUGGGCGAGUUGGUGCCAUAGCCAAAGUUGGACAACCCUCCGCAUCUGUUGUAGUAAGGAGCAAGACAGAUGCAGAUUCAGAACAAUCUUUGCUUUUUGCAGGCUGGGCUCUUCGAGGACAGAAGACCUCAAGACUGUUUUCUGCAGAAGUGCGGAGAUAUUUGUAUGAGGAAUUUAUGAAAGGUGUGACUGGGUUCAAAGAAAAUCCAACUAACGUUGCAAAGCGCCUGAAGAUGAUGUUUCCCAAGGAUCAGUGGCUGACUUCAACACAGGUCAUGUCCUACUUCAGUCGCCUCUCUGCAAAACAAAAGCAGGGACAGCUUUCAGAAGUAUCAGGCCACUCCGAGGAAGAUGAGGCACAAGAGGAUGCCCAAGAAGAGGUACACCAGGAGACAGUCAAGCGCUACAGUCUUCGUAGAAAGGUUAUGACAGAAGUAGGGAUACUAGUAUAA